CUCUUCUUCCUUCCUCGCUUCUUUCGCAGCGCAAACGAUGUCGGAGAACCCCUUGGAGCCCCUCCUCAAAACCCUAGACUCAAUCUCGCGCUGCGUCCAAACUCACCUCUCCCGCGUCUUCGUCGCCCCCCAAAACGCUUCUCCAAAACCCACGCUGCUUCGUCCCCUCUUAUCCUUCUCGCCGACUCCCGUGGCUCCGGAUUCUACCACUUCACCCAUAAAGGAGAAAAAGGCGGCGCCUUUAACGAAGGAGGAGCUCGGGAGGGCGACGUGGACUCUGCUCCACAGCAUUGCGGCCCAGUAUCCUGAUCACCCAACAAGGCAGCAGAAAAGAGACGUGAAAGAAUUGAUGGCUAUAAUAUCUCGACUUUACCCUUGUAAAGAAUGUGCCGAUCAUUUUAAGGAAGUGUUGAAAGCGAAUCCCGUACAAGCAGGAUCACAAGCUGAAUUCUCUCAAUGGCUAUGUCAUGUACACAAUGUGGUUAAUCGAAGCCUAGGGAAAGUGAUAUUUCCCUGUCAGAGAGUGAACGCUCGAUGGGGUAAGUUGGAUUGUAAGGAUCGGUCCUGUGAUUUGGAAGGCACUGUCGACAUCAAAACUUUAACUUCCCACACCUGAUGUAUCACAAAGGAUCAUUUUGAGUAGUGCGAUAUCUUUCUACAUCAAGGAAGAAAAGGAAAUACUAAAGUUCACUCUCUCUUGUUUUACCAUUUUUGUAGUCAAUUUGAAGUAAAGUUUAGAUGGACAUAAUGAUGCUCAUUGUACAGCAGUGCAAACCAUCGUGAAGGCAAAAAAGUAGUAAAAUGAUUAGAUUUUUAACUAUGGAUGAUUGUCAUUGAACCGUAUGCUAUAUGCAUUUUGAGACUGUGACAUGGCAUGUAUUGACGUAAGCUAUAUUAUGUAUAUUUGUCAAUUAUUGUCCGUUAAAUGAUUAGAAAAAAUUGGUUGGGUCAA